AUGUGGCAGCUGGAACCCACUUUCCACUCGAAUAGACUUCAACUGGUCAUACCCAUGGCUCCCGGACCCAACCCAGAGCAUAGCGCUCCCGGCAAAAGAAAACCCCCUCCUCUCCCACCCCGGCCAUCGCCCAGUAGUCACCCUCCAGACGUUCCAGCGGCUCGACCUUCUGUUCGUGAUUCGGAUGGAAAAAUCUCACUCAUCUACAAUCAACCAGCCACAGAACAAUCGGACGUGAACCUUCCAUCUGACAAUCAAGCCCCCUUGUCUAUAUCUGCUUCGAAAACUAGCCAAGAAAACCCCGAUAGAUCCACGGAAAAUGCAGAUGUUGCCUCUUCAAACCAACCCUUCACUUCCGAACCGAUUGAUGAAUCCAUCGUAAACUCACACAAGCCCUCCCAGAACGACUCGUCAGAGCAAGCUCCCCCGGUCAACUACGAGAACUCAACACAAAAUGAGUCUCACCGACCGCACGAGCGAGUUGAUAGCACGUCCGAUUUUUCAUUUUGCCUCAAUUCAACUCAAGACGAAGGACGGCAAGAGCCAGACGAUAGAGCAGACCGCUAUGAUGAAACGCUGGCGGAGAUCGAAGGAUUCGAGGUUUCUGAAUUCCUGAGACGUAGCUCCAAGUAUCUGAAUGAAGUCAGCUUCCAAGGUUUCGAAUCCGAGGCGACAUCGGCCUCAGUACCCAAGUUGGAUGAUUUCCGAUCGCCUGGUGGUGUGAUUGAUUGGGUUGGUUAUUUCAACGCUCAUGCGGCCGCCCAACUCGAGCGAUACUGUCCUUACGCACUCCGCUCCAAUCCGACUAGAGCACCAGUAUCAAUGAGUCAACUCAAAGCCCAUGCCUCUCGCUCUUAUGUCGCCAUCCUCCCCGAAUUAUGGGAUAUCAUAUCCGGAAACCAGCUGAGCAACAUAUACCGCUGGGAAUACCCCAGAAGAACCGCAUUCUAUUUAUUUACUUAUUAUCUCCUUUGGGCUGCGGACUUGAUCCCAAGCUUUAUUGUGGGAUAUGGAUUAUAUCGGUUAGUUAACCGACAGCUGAAUCCUCCGACUAUCUCACAACUCAGACAAGAAGUCAGUCAACGAUACCAGGUGGGCAAACAAGCAGAAAAAAUAGGAUCUGAAGGAUUCUUAGAUAUGAAGAAUGGUAUGACCGGUUCGGUGACUAAAGGCGUAUUAGGAAAUUCGAUGGUCUUUGCCGGUGUCGCCAUGGGGACCAGUAUUCCGGGCACCGGAACGUCGGGCACUGGCCCUGCUCCCAGUUCUUCUCAUACCUUACCGAAGAAGAAUGACUAUCGAAGCCUAUAUAGCUUCAGUCGUAACCUCUACUCUGACCAUGGCCACGAAAUUCAGAAUCUGUUGGCAGACCUGGCGGACAUCGGGGAGAAGAUAAGAAAUCUUUAUUUAUGGAGACGACCACGCGCAUGCUGGAGAACAAGCUUCAUGUUGACAGGGAUACUGCUUUAUACAUUGGCGAUUUCCCAAAAAUGGCUGAUCAAGAACUUCUUGGGAUGGCUAGGAGUCGAGUUUUUCUUUUUAUUGGGAUUCACGGAUAAACACCCGAAAUUCCGGAAGAUUUUGAAUCCGAUUUGGUUGGUCUUAUACGACAUCCCAACCGACGCUGAAUUUGCGCUGGAGGUUUUACAAGAAAGUGGGAAAAAGGCAAACCAAUCGUUAUUUCAUCAUCGGAAUAUCUUCAAAAAACAUCACCAUUAUCCUUCGAUUUUUUUGCACAAGAAGAGCAGAUCUGCUUCCUCCUUGGCUGACCGAAAACGGGAAAAUUCGGUCGAUGAAAGCUCGAACACCGCUUCAACUCAGCGCAAACGAGCGAGUAUCAUAUCAUCUGAUAGCUCUGUGGUGUCUGCCGUUCGCAGUCUUCCAGAAUCUGAUACCUGGAAGCGAUGGACCCAAAAAGUCGCGCAUGGAAGUAGCGGAGUUGUCAACUUGGCAAAGAAGAUAUACCCCAGUGAUCAGCACCAAUCUGAUGUGUCAGACUCCCGAAAUCUGCCCGACAACAAUAUACCUUCUAUAUCACCCAAAACGUUUGCUUUCUUGAAUGGAAAAGUACCCGGUAAUCUCGUCGUCCACAGAGAUUGGAUCUGUUUUGAACCAUUGAAAGGAUUUAGGAGCAAAGCUUCAAGUUUGAAAUCGACGCUCAUCAAGCCCGAGCCGGUUUCCCUGACACCCAGAAGUAGAACCGUAUCGGCCAUCUCUUCGUCCUCCUCAUUAGCAUCCUCCACAAAGUCAACGCCCAAAGGGAAAUCCAGUGGAGAGAUGCUUGGUUCGGAUCGUCAAAGUCCGGUCGAGGAUGCCAUCGAACACGGUGACGCUGUUACAGACUUGUCGACUGAUGGUCCCAGCUCGAGCGAUUUCAAAAUCCAAUUCAAAGAAAUCAUCAAGAUCAAGAAAAUCAAACGGUCCAUCGUCUUUGGACUUGGCUUUCGGAUCAGCGAUGGCAUUGAAUUCUAUCUCGAUAAUUCAACAGUUUUGAGUUUUGAUAAUAUUCUCAACCGUGAUCAGUACUUCAAUGAGCUCUUGUUACUAUGUAGCCAUCAUUCCCAAAGAAAACGCGACCACCAAGAGCAGAUGUCGUAA